AUGGCUGCUAGUUCUUCGUCUUCAUCAUCCGGAGAGACUGGAGGCAGUCUCAAGUACGACGUUUUCAUCAAUUUCAGAGGUGCAGACACUCGUAGGUCUUUCGUCUGCCAUCUUUACGAAGCUCUGAAACAGAAAGCACUCGACAUCUUCAUAGAUUCCCAAGAGCUCGGAAAAGGCGAUGAGCUUUCGGAGAUACUCACAGCCAUUCAAGACUCGAGACUUUCAAUCAUAGUUUUCUCUAAACACUAUGCCUCUUCUACAUGGUGCUUAAAAGAACUGGUCCAGAUUUUGGAGUGUGUGAAUACGCAGAAGCACAAAGUGGUGCCCAUUUUUUAUGAAACAGAUCCUUCUGAUAUUCGCAAGCUGAAGGGGAGUUUCGAAAAAGCUUUUGCAAAACACGAACGCGAUUCAAAUAUCGACAAGGAAGAGUUGGAGAGCUGGAAGUCCAAUUUAACAAGAGCCACCAAUUUAUCCGGCUACGACUCCAGAAAUUAUCAGGAUGAUGCGAAGCUUAUCAAGGAUAUUGUAGAAGAUAUUUUUGAGAAGUUGACCCAAAACUCAGCAAGUGAAACCGUAGACUUGGUUGGAAUGGAUUCACACAUAAGUGGAAUGAAUUUGUUGUUAUGUCCAGGGGUAAAUGAUUUUCGCAUUGUAGGAAUAUGGGGAAUGGGCGGCAUCGGAAAGUCAACCAUUGCUAGAGCUAUUUAUGAGAAUAUUGCUCGUCAAUUUCAACACUGUUGCUUUCUUGAAAAUGUCAGGGAAGGCUUCUUGAAAAACGGUGAAAUAUAUAUGAAAGAAGAACUUCUGUGUAGAAUCUUGAAGGAAGGAAAGGUUCAUCCAAUGCAUUUCAAUAUGACAAUGGAAAGACUAGGUAAGAAGAAAGUUCUUCUUGUUCUAGAUGAUGUAGACAAUAUAAACCAAAUUGAAACUUUACUUGGAAAUAAACCUUCAUUUGGCGGUGAGAGCAGAGUAAUCAUAACAACUAGAAAUAAGCACUUACUAGGUGGUUAUGCGGUAUACGAGCCCAGGUCACUCAGUGAUGAUAGGGCUCUUGAACUCUUUAGGCAGUAUGCUUUUAGAGCAAAAGAACCCACUGGGGAGUACGAUCAUUUGUCAAGCUGUGUCAUAAGAUAUGCUCAUGGUUUGCCCCUAGCACUUAAAGUUUUGGGAGCUUCUCUUGAUGGGAAAAGUGUACGAGAAUGGGAAGAUGAAUUGCAAAAGAUAAAGAAAAUCCAGCACACUGGAAUUCAUGGUGUGCUUAGAAUAAGCUUUGAUGGACUAGAUAAUUCACAGAAAAACAUCUUUCUAGACAUUGCUUGUUUUUUCAAAGGAAUGAACAAAGACCAUGUAACGAAGUUUUUGGAGUACUGUGGCUUCUUUCCACAUAGUGGACUACGAGUGUUAGUUGACAGAGCUCUCAUAAGUAUAUCCUCUGAUGAUACCCUCGAGAUGCAUGAUUUACUUCAGGAGAUGGGUCGAGAAAUAGGGACACUCAGCAGAAUAUGCAGUUAUGAAGAUGUUGAUCGCGUGCUAACUCAAAAUACGGCUACAGAAGAAAUUGAAGGUAUGACCCUAGACUUGUCCAGCUCAAACGAGCUGCACUUAAAUGCUGAAGCCUUUCUUAGCAUGAGGAAACUAAGAUUACUUCAGAUUCAUGAUCAUAACAAUCACAUUGACCUUGAUGGCGAUUUUUUUGAGCGGUGCUUACACUCUGACUGCAAACAACACGUGAAUAAUGGGGAGUUAAAGUUUCUUUCCCAUGAGUUGAGGGUUCUUAUUUGGCAUGGAUGCCCUUUGAAGUCUUUGCCUUUUAAUUACGAACCGAAGAAUCUUCUUUACCUUGACAUGUCUACUAGUCACAUUGAACAACUCUGGGAAGGAACCAAGCCUAUGGAAAAUGUGAGAUGCAUGAAUUUAAGUCACUCACAAUGCUUUGCCAAAACCCCAGACUUCUCCAAGGCAAAAAAUCUUGAGAAACUGAAUCUUAAAGACUGCAUAAGUUUAUCGGAGGUCCAUCCGUCCCUUUCAGCUCUUAAAAACCUAGUUCACUUGAACCUAAAUGGCUGCAUAGAACUGAAGAGGCUCGCCAGAAGCAUUCAUAUGGAAUCUCUUCAGAUUCUUAAUCUCUCUGGCUGCUCAAAUCUUGAAAAGUUUCCAGAAAUUUCUGGAGUUAUGAAGGAGCUAUGGGAUCUUCGACUAGAUGGGACUGCAAUUGAGAAACUUCCCUCAUCAAUCAAUAAACUUACAGGGCUUUUUUUUUUGGCCCUUACAGGAUGCAUACGACUUAGGAGUCUUCCAAGAAUCAUUCAAAUGAAAUCUCUUCGACUCCUUGAUCUUUCUGGUUGCUCACAUCUUGAGGACUUUCCAGAGAUUUCAGAAGAUAUGACGGAGCUCUCAGCUCUUUAUUUAGAUGAGACUGCAAUUAAAGAGCUGCCAUCAUCUAUUGAAUUUCUUCAUGGGCUUGCAACACUGAGCAUGACAAACUGCAGAAGUCUUAUUUGUCUUCCAGACAAGAUUUGUAAUUUGUCAUACCUACAAGAGCUAAGCCUGGCUGGUUGCACUAAACUCUCCAACUUGCCUGAGAACUUGGGGAAUAUAGCAUUCUUGAGGGCUCUUGAUAUAAAAGGAAGUGGUAUUCAACAACUGCCAUUCUCUAUCUUACGUUUGAGCAGGCUUGAUCCAUCAUUAUCAUGCAAUGGAUGUAAACAAAUGAUGGCACCGUUUUCAUCAUGGCCGCCGUUGAUAAAAUCAGAGUGCAGAAACUCUGUUGUGGUGCAUCUUGAUUUGAGUGACUGCAACCUGUUGGAAUUAUCAGAUUGUAUUUCUCAUAUCUCUACUUUGGUAUCGCUAAAGUUGAGCCGAAACAAUAUGGAAAGCAUACCUGCAACAAUGAAAAUGCUUCAACGUUUGACAGAUCUUGAUUUAGAAGGCUGCAACAGACUGAAAUCAAUACCAGAGCUCCCAUCAAGUAUAUGUUAUAUAGAUGCGCAUAAUUGCACGGCUUUGGAAAUAGUUUCCCCAGUAAAUCUUCAGAACGAAGAUACAUUUUGCCUCACAUUUUCUAAUUGUUUGCGGCUGUGGAGACAAAAUCCAUUUAUAGAAAUUGUGGAAACUCAUUUUCAGCAGCAGGAUGCUCGACUGAAACAUCUUUUCGGAGGUAUGCACCUACCCAAAAGUCAAAUUGCCCAUUGGUUCAACUCUCUUCGCAAGGGACUAUUAGUAACUCUUCCCGGAAGUGAAAUUCCCGAUUGGUUCAACCAUCAGUGCAUGGGAUCUUCUGUAACUGUACGGCUACCACCAAAUUGGUCAUUUGACAAAUUAAUGGGGAUUGCCAUUUGUGCUGUGAGUAAUAAGUGUGCUCAUAAUAUUGUAUCCCUUCAAUCUUCUUUAUGUUUCUGUACCUUCAAAGGAAAUCAUGGUCAGCGCAGUUUCAAGUUUCCGUUCCUCCAUGAGCGAUUCAGAACCGACAGAUUCCUUGAUUCAGAUCACAUGUUCCUGCGGUAUAAAACUGGUCCAAUCCCAGUUGAUUGGUACAGUGAUGACCGCUACUACACUGAGGUUAGAUUUAGAAUUAUGCUAGACAAAGAAGGCUCCAGAAAUGAUUUCAAGACACUGAAAGCAUGUAGUUACAUCAUUAGCUGCGGGGUUCGUUUCUUUGAUGUCAAUCAUGAGGAAUUGGAAUAUCUAGGUACGCCUUCACCCGGAUUAAUACCGACAACUGCAGAGCCGGAUCCGCAGAUGAAAAUUAGUGAUUAUUGAAUUUGAAAGAAAGGAUGUACGUAGAAGACUGAUCCGGGGAAGGUGCAUGCAGAGAGAGAGAGAGAGAGAUUUGUUGGCUACGUGCACGAUGACUUGAGAGAAAGGCACAGAAAAGAAACGGUGUCUCUGGCACCAGAAGCGGAACAUCUAGCUACUCAUAUAUCCACAUUAAGUCUCGUCAUGGUAUUCUUCUCUACUGUAUAUCCACAUUAAUUUCCAGCCAUAGUUUCAUUUGCAACUACAGCAUAUGUUUUGAUUUCGGUUAAUAAUUAAGCUAUUAUAUCUUUUGA